AUGAUGUUGAUCAUGGCCAAAUUUGGGAGGCGGGUGCAACGCGUUGCUAAUCAGCCAUCACAAAACAAGCCUCCACAAAGCUUUUGGAAAAAUCUGUGUCUGUCUCUGUUUAUGGUGGCAGAGCUGAUGUUAAUGGGGUUCUGUGCCAUUGCUAUUGACUGUGGGACAAAAUAUGGACCCUAUCAUAUGAUGCCUUCACCAGCUCCAUAUAUUCAUUUUACUUUGGCUGUGUUUCAUGUUCUCAUUGCUAAUCACUAUGCUUUUGAGGUAAAGAUGCAAAAUCUGGAAGUCAUGGAAAUGCAGUUAAAACAGCAGAAUACUGAAGUUCUCUCAUGUGGAUCCAAACGUAGUUUAGGCUCUGCUAGAAAUACUAGGCCUUUCACUAGAAGGCACUUGGGAUUUUGGAGUGAAUCAGCAAUUUCUGGCUGGGCUUUUUGUGAGUUCAGUCUCGCAAAAUCUCAGAUGACACUAAGACAUGGGUUUAUCAUGGCUCAUUUAGCUCCACAAAGCUCUGCUAAAUUUGAUUUUCAGAAGUAUAUAAAGAGGUCACUUGAAGAGGACUUCAAAGUUGUUGUUGGAAUAAGUCCAGCUUUGUGGUUGCUUGCAGUGUUCUUCCUGUUGUUCAAUAUUGAUGGAUGGUAUUCUUAUCUAUGGCUACCAUUUAUCCCUAUUCAGGUCAUUCUAUUAGUAGGAACAAAACUACAAGUGAUCAUUACAAAGAUGGCAAUGCAAAUUGUUGGAGAUGGAGAUGUAAUUAAGGGCGACCCCGUUGUUCAACCAACCGAUGAACUCUUCUGGUUCAAACAUCCUCAUCUCUUGCUCCAUCUCAUCCACUUUGUCCUCUUUCAGAAUGCUUUUCAGCUUGCCUUCUUCACUUGGACAUGGUAUGAAUUUGGAUACCCUUCAUGCUUCCACAGACAAUUCGAAGACAUAUUAAUCAGAAUCUCAUUGGGGUAAUUAGCUUCCUUAAUCUAAG